AUGGCACGAACCAAGCAGACAGCCCGCCCGAGACCUCGAGAAUGUGCCUCCAGACCAGCGUCCGACAAUUCGCUGACGCUGCUCCACGGCGCUGCCACUAAGGGAAAUCUUGUAAUGCUCAAGGCCAUGCUCAGGAAGGGACAGUCUGGCAUAGAGAAGGAAGACAGUCGCGGCCGCACACCCCUUCACUGUGCUGUCAUCAAUGGUCACCUCAGAACUGUCGAGCUUCUCCUGGCUUACAAUGCAUCAGUCAAGGCACGAGACAACUGCUUUUUCACACCCCUGACCUUGGCGGUCAUUCACGGUCAACUGCAAAUUUUCAACCUUUUGUUAAAGAACGGAGCCUCGGUGUCUAUUAUCUGUUCUGCAGGCCGUACACUGUUGCAUUACGCCGCAAAACAUGGUCGUAUCGCAAUUGCAAAGGUACUACUGGAAAUCAGGGUCUCCACCAAAGUCCAAGACAAGGAACGUCGAACCGCCCUAGACUUCGCUGUCUACUACCAACACUGGGACCUCGUCAAGCUGCUCUUAGAGGCGGGAAAGCAUCAGUGGGUCUCCAAAGAAAAAAGGACAUCCCCUAUAUAUAUGGCCGUAGAGAACGGGCACCAGAGAUGUGUUGAAAUGCUUGUGUCCUACGGCGCGGAUAAAGGAGAUGAAUUUGUGAACGCGCUCGGACUCCGGAACCGUACCCCGCUGCACGCUGCCGCGCAGAAGGGCCACCUAGACAUUGUAAAGCUUCUGGUGCACUAUGGAGCCGAUCUAACAGCUAAAACCUCAUUUGGUAGCACGCCGGACAGACUUGCAGAGAAGAAUGGACAUUCUUCAGUUGCUACAUUCUUGAAGACAACCUGGAACCGGCGAAAUUCUAGGAUGACAGAGAGCAGUGUCUCUGAGUAG